UUACAAACACGUGUUAGUGACUGCGUUGUGUCGAAUACAUAGUUCUUCGAAUCGCGGAGUUUGAGUUUUAUCGUCGUUUCGGUUCUCUUGCGGUUUCAAUUUCUAAUCAAAGUGACUACAAAUUCAAUUACCAAUAUAAGAUGCAGAACGCAGUAGUUAAAGACAUAUUCGACGGCUUCAAUGAUUAUCUCAAUAAGGAGCAAGAACUUCGUGAGCAAAUUAGAGAGGUCGUCCGUGAAAUCGAUCAAGCUGCCAAGGAAGCAGCUAUUGCUCUGCAGGUUAUCCAUAGUAGCCUGAUGGAUGUUCCAGCUGCUUGCGUUAAUGCUCGCGCACAGUUCAACGUUUGCCGCAACGGCUAUCGACGACUGGCAGAUUUAAUUCCAGCAGGACAAUACUAUCGGUACAACGAUCAUUGGCACUUCCCAAUGCAACGGGUGGUAUUCUUAGUUGCCCUUACAGUCUAUCUAGAGACGGAGUCUCUUGUGAGCAGAGACACGGCUGCAGAAAUUUUAGGAGUGAAGACCAAACAAACUGAUGGUUUUCACCUAGAUAUUGAGGAUUAUCUUGUAGGCGUUCUUCAAAUGGCGUCCGAAUUGAGUCGUUAUGCAACAAACUCGGUAACUUUGGGGGAUUUCGAACGUCCUUUGAAAAUUUCAAAGUUUGUAGCUGACCUUAACUCUGGCUACCGCUUGUUGAAUCUGAAAAAUGAUGCACUUCGGAAGCGGUUUGAUGCUCUUAAGUACGACGUAAAGAAGAUUGAGGAAAUCGUAUACGAUAUAAGCAUUCGUGGGCUACGUGCCGAUUCCGGUUCGGCCCCUGCAGCGGAUGCCUCCUAUGAAAACGAAAAGUGAUGAGAGCUUUCCAUGAGUGUAAGUUUUUUUGGAAAAUGGAAUACUUUCUAAUUUAAAUUAGUGUUUUGAACAUUCAAUCCAAUCAAA